GGAAACAAAGAUGGACAGCAAGAAGGAGGCAGCUGAGGAGUCCACCCAGCCCCCAAAGAGGAAGAAAUUCACUAUCCCCCUAGAGGAGACUCCACCUCUGGAGGUGAAGCCCUUAUUUAAAUCCAGCCGGAGCCUUCCCUCACCCGAUACCUCUGUGCUUGGGUCAAAUCCAACCUACGCAGACUAUACCACAGCCAGGCUUGGUCCUGGAGGAGCCCAGCCUGAAGCCAUUCCCUGUAGGGUCCAGGCUAGAGCUCCUCCUCUAGGGGCCCAGCCUGGAGCUCCUCCACUAGGGGCCCAGCCUGGAGCUCCUCCACUAGGGGCCCUGCCUGAAGAAGCUGCUCCCAGCCUGGGACCACCUGGAGGAGACAUUGCCAACCAGGGCCCUCAGGGGCCAAAGCCUACCACCAAGAGCAACAGCAUCAUUGUGAGCCCCAGACAGAGGGGGAAUCCUGUCCUGAAAUUCAUAAGGAACGUGCCUUGGCAAUUUGGAGAAAUUGUCCCUGACUAUGUUCUGGGUCAGAGCACUUGUGCCCUCUUCCUCAGUCUGCGCUACCAUAACUUGCACCCCAAUUACAUCCAUGAGCGUCUGCAAGGGCUGGGGAAGAACUAUGCCCUCCGGGUACUCCUGCUUCAAGUGGAUGUGAAAGACCCUCAGCGUGCUCUGAAGGAUCUGGCUAAGAUGUGUAUCUUGGCUGACUGCACACUGAUUCUAGCCUGGAGCCCAGAAGAAGCCGGGCGGUACCUGGAGACUUACAAGUCCUACGAACAGAAGCCUGCUGACCUGCUGAAGGAAAAGCUUGAACAGGACUUUGUGUCCAGGGUCACCGAGUGUCUGACCACAGUGAAGUCAGUGAAUAAGACAGACAGCCAGACGCUGCUGGCCACCUUUGGGUCCCUGGAGCAGCUCACAGCUGCCUCUCAAGAAGACCUGUCCCUCUGUCCUGGCUUUGGGCCUCAGAAGGCCCGAAGGCUCUUUGAUGUCCUACACCAGCCCUUCCUGAAGGUGCCCUGAUAACCCCAGGGAGGGGCCUGGAUGGCAGGAGUGGGCAGGGAGGGUCCCAGAUUGGAUGGCAAUAAAGCAUGGAUACCA